AUGGGCAACGAAAACUCGACCGUCCUCGACGAAGACACCCCUCCCCAGACUCUCGACAACCGCGAUCUCAGGUCCGUCGCCAAGCUCAUCAAACAUGGCCGCAUCAAGCGCAUAGUCGUGAUGACCGGCGCUGGCAUCUCCACCGCUGCCGGCAUUCCCGACUUUCGCUCGCCCGAGACGGGUCUCUACCACAACCUGGCGCGCCUGAACCUCCCAUUCGCCGAGGCCGUCUUCGAUAUAGACUACUUCCAGGAGCAUCCCGAGCCCUUCUACAUCCUCGCCAAGGAGCUGUAUCCCGGCAAGUUCCAUCCGACCAUAUCACACGUCUUCAUUUCCAUGCUGGCCGAGAAGAGUCUGCUGCACAAGCUCUUCACUCAGAACAUCGAUUGUCUUGAGCGCGCUGCCGGCGUGCCUGAUUCGCAUAUCGUCGAGGCCCACGGCAGCUUUGCCACUCAGCGCUGCAUUGAGUGCAAAACGUCCUAUCCAGACACCCAGAUGCGGCAGCAUGUGGAGAAAGGUGAACCUCCGCGCUGCAUCACUGGCUGCGGCGGUCUAGUCAAGCCAGACAUUGUGUUCUUUGGCGAAUCACUACCCCCGAGCUUCUACGAAAAUCGCGCCAUCCCAGCCCAGUCGGAUUUGCUGUUGGUUCUCGGAACAAGCUUGACGGUACACCCAUUUGCAAGCCUGCCGGGCAUGGCCAUGGAGCGCACGCCGAGAGUCUUGUUCAACAAGGAGAGGGUGGGCGACUUGGGCACCCGGGCGGACGAUGUGCUCUGUCUCAUGGAUUGUGACUCUGGCAUCAGAAAGCUGGCCGCCGAGCUUGGCUGGAGCGAUGAGCUGGAGAGAAAGUGGCGUGACACCGUUGGGGAGCUGGAGGCCAAGAGGCAGCUGGCCCAGAUCCAGGAGCCCCUCGAGGAGCGCCAAGCCAAAGAGUCUGUCGAAGAGCGCAAGGUCAAAUGGCAGCAAGUAUGGGAAGAGGACGAAGUCGAUGAACUGACGAGGGCGGUGGAGGAUAAGUUGGAGCUAUCUCAGGAACCUGGCACCGACAUUGGCACUAACGAAGGGGCGCAGAUCCAGAAUCAAGAAACAGAAAAAGGCACUGAAGGCCCAGCUAAAGGCAUUGACGAAGUCUCAGCGAAAGGCACUGAGGAAAGCCCUGCGAAAGACCAGGGUGGCAAAGAAGUGCAGGAUGCAUCGGAUGGUCCUAAAGGUGGUGGUACAGGAACGGAUCAGGAUGUUGUUCCUCGAGAGUCUGAGAGAAGCACGGACGUCGCUACCUCGAAGCCUAGCGGCGUGGAUGGGCAACCCGCGGUGGAAAGUCAUGAGACCGCUUCGUACAGCAAACCAGUAGUGACCAAGGGAGACGCAGAGGAGGAGAAGCCAGCAGGGGAAGAGGCCAAGGCCGGUUCCGUUCUGUGA